UGACAGAAACGCCCACCACUAUCACCCCAUCAACAACAACCUCCACUACAACCCCAGCCACAGAAACGCCCACCACUAUCACCCCAUCAACAGCAACGACCUCCACUACAACACCAGUCACAAAAACGCCCACCACUAUCACCCCAUCAACAACAACAACCCCAGUCACAGAAACUCCCACAACUAUCACCCCAUCAACAGUCACAACCUCCACCACAACACCAGUGACAGAAACGCCCACCACUAUCACCCCAUCAACAACAACCUCCACUACAACCCCAGUGACAGAAACGCCCACCACUAUCACCCCAUCAACAACAACAACCUCCACUACGCCAGUCACAGAAACGCCCACCACUAUUACCCCAUCAACAACAACAACCCCAGUCACAGAAACUCCCACAACUAUCACCCCAUCAACAGUCACAACUUCCACCACAACACCAGUCACAGAAACGCCCACCACUAUCACCCCAUCAACAACAACAACCUCCACUACAACCCCAUGACAGAAACGCCCACCACUACCACACCUUUAACAACCUCCAGCCCUUACUGCUGUCAGUGUGACAGAAACGCCCACCACUAUCACCCCAUCAACAACAACAACCUCCACUACAACGCCAGCCACAGAAACGCCCACCACUAUCACCCCAUCAACAGCAAUGACCUCCACCACAACGCCAGUCACAGAAACGCCCACCACUAUCACCCGAUCAACAACAACAACCCCAGUCACAGAAACUCCCACAACUAUCACCCCAUCAACAGUCACAACCUCCACCACAACACCAGUGACAGAAACGCCCACCACUAUCACCCCAUCAACAACAACAACCUCCACUACAACCCCA